AUGGUACAAACAGAAUGUUGUAGAGUAUUGUGGUGGUGGGAAAACGGUGUCGGCGGAGGGAAAUUUGCUUGCGGGAGGGUGGCGCUGGGAGGCGAUAGGUGGGCGGUGCGUUCAGUCGAGCUGUGCUGCUUUCGGCCGGCAGCAGCGAGGCAGUUUCGAGGCAGGAUGUGGCCGCGAGUGGCGCUGCUUCUGCUGUGCAGCGGGCAGCUGGCGUUCGGGGUGCUGCCAGACGAGGCAGCUGCACCCGCCAACCUCACCACCUCCAAUGAGACUGUCGCCGACCAUGUGCCCGAGAAGGACCCGCUCUUCCCCGAGGACAUUUUCACGAUGGAGCAGCGACGCAGGGGGGCCGUGAUUGUGCACAUUCUCGGGGUUGUGUACAUGUUCGUGGCGCUGGCGAUUGUGUGUGACGAGUUCUUCGUGCCGGCGUUGGACGUGGUGAUCGAAAAACUCGACAUCGCUGAGGAUGUGGCAGGUGCGACCUUCAUGGCGGCCGGUGGAUCGGCACCCGAGCUCUUCACGAGCGUGAUCGGCGUGUUCGUGUCGUUCGACGACGUCGGCAUCGGUACCAUCGUCGGCUCGGCCGUCUUCAACAUCCUGUUCGUGAUCGGCAUGUGCGCGCUGUUCUCGCGAACCGUCCUCACGCUCACCUGGUGGCCCUUGUUCCGCGACUGCUCCUUCUACUCGAUCUCCCUCAUUACACUCAUCAUCUUCUUCCGCGACAACCACAUCCACUGGUACGAGGCAGCCGUACUCUUCUCCUUCUACCUGGCCUAUGUCUCCUUCAUGAAGUUCAACCAGCCGGUCGAGCGCUUCGUCAAAAAGCACCUCUACAAGAACAGGGUAACCCGAGUUCGCAGCACCGAUCAGCUCAUGCCAUCGCACCAGACUGCGGUCCAAUCGCUG